AGAGACCUCUCAGUCCACAUUCACACAGGACACCGACACUCAGUCUGCACCAGCAGUUUCUGUCCAGCUCGGGUAACAAAACAAGCGGAAUAGAGGGAUAGAUCAUCACAUUAUUCCCCCAGGACGGCCCUCUUUUCCCGCAGAGCUCUCUCAGGAUUGAAGUUGUUCACAGAAGCAGAACCGCAGAUCGUGGAAGAUGGGUUCAGUCCCGGUGAUAUCUGUCCUGCUUUUGGGCAUUGUGGUCCCAUCGCUGGCCGGCUACAUUGAGGCGCUAGCAGCCAAUGCAGGCACAGGGUUUGCCGUUGCAGAGCCACAGGUGGCAAUGUUCUGCGGAAAGCUCAACAUGCAUGUCAACAUUCAGACUGGCCGCUGGGAACCCGACCCAUCUGGAACCAAGAGCUGCGUCGGAACCAAAGAGGGUGUGCUGCAGUACUGCCAGGAGAUGUAUCCCGAGCUCCAAAUCACAAACGUGGUGGAAGCCAACCAGCCAAUUCGAAUUGAGAACUGGUGCAAGAAGGAGAAGAAGGUGUGCAAAGGGCAUGCCCACAUUGUGGUGCCUUACAAAUGCUUAGUGGGCGAGUUUGUGAGUGACGUGCUUCUGGUUCCAGAGAAGUGCAAGUUCUUCCACAAGGAGCGUAUGGACAUGUGCGUCAGCCAUCAGCAGUGGCACGGUGUAGCCAAAGAGGCCUGUGCCAAGAGCUCCAUGAUGCUGCACAGCUACGGCAUGCUGCUGCCCUGUGGCAUUGACAAGUUCCACGGCACCGAGUACGUAUGCUGCCCCUCGUCUCGCAUCGGGGAAUCUGCUCCACCGUCCCUGCCCUCCCAGGAAGACGACGAAGAGGAGGAGGUAGAGGAUGAGGAGAUUGACGAGGCCGACCUGGAUGACGAGGAUGCAGUAGAGGACAGUGAGACAACAGCUGAUGAGGAGCCCACACAGAAGGAGGACCCUAUGGACGAGGACGAAGACGAGGAAGACGAGGAGGAGUACCACUAUGUCUAUGAGGACGAAGAGGCAGAUAAGGAGGACGAGUAUGAGAAGAAAGAGAGCAGCAAAAUGUCAGAGAGCCAAGAUGAGGACAAGACUCUGCAGGAAGUGAAAGCGGUGUGCACCCUGGAGGCUGAGACCGGCCCCUGCCGUGCCUCCAUGCCCCGCUGGCACUUCGACAUGAGCCAAAGGAAGUGUGUUCGCUUCAUAUAUGGGGGCUGUGCCGGCAACCGCAACAAUUUCGACUCAGAGGAGUACUGCAUGGCCGUGUGCAAGCGCCUGACCAUGCCACCGACUCCUCAGCCCACUGAUGAUGUCGACAUCUACUUUGAGACACCAGCCGACGACAAGGAGCACAGUCGCUUCCAGAGGGCCAAGGAGCAGCUGGAGAUCAGGCACCGCAACCGCAUGGAGAGGGUAAGAAAAGAGUGGGAAGAAGCUGAUCGCCAGGCCAAGAACCUGCCCAAGGCUGAGAGGCAGACAUUGAUCCAGCACUUCCAAGCCAUGGUGGAGUCCCUGGAGGAAGAGGCAGCCAGCGAGAAGCAGCAGCUGGUGGAGACUCACCUCGCCCGGGUGGAGGCCAUGCUGAAUGACCGGCGCCGUCUGGCCCUGGAGAACUACCUGGCUGCCCUGCAGGCCGACCCCCCCAGGCCCCACCGCAUCCUGCAAGCCCUGAGAAGGUACGUCCGCGCCGAGAACAAGGACCGCCAGCACACCAUCCGCCACUACCAACACGUCCUGGCUGUGGAUCCUGAGAAGGCUGCUCAGAUGAAGUCGCAGGUGAUGACCCAUCUGCGUGUGAUCGAGGAGAGGAUGAACCAGAGUCUAUCUCUGCUCUACAAAGUACCUUAUGUGGCUGAGGAGAUUCAGGAUGAAAUUGACGAGUUACUCCAGGAGCAGAAAGCUGACAUGGACCAGUUCCUGUCGUCUAUCUCUGAAUCACAGCCAGAUGUCACCGUGUCGUCAGAGGAGAGCGUGGAAGUCCCCGUGUCAGAGGGCAAACCCUACCGGCCCUUCCAGGUCACAUCCUUGGGGUCCCGUUCAGAGCCAGAGGGCUCCGCUAUGUCUGGUUUAGACGGCCUGAUAGGUGCUGAGGAGAGAAUCAUCAACAGCAAACCCAAAAUCAGCGACAGUGUGGUGAUUGAUGAGUCUCUGGAUGUUAAAGAAGUGGUUUACAGUGCAGAGAGAGUCAGCGUUAUGCAUGAUGAUGAGCUGGAGUCCUACCGCCCCCUGGGAGAGGACUUCAGCUUCGGCAGCAGUGCACUGAUUGGCUUGCUGGUGAUCGCGGUGGCCAUAGCAACUGUUAUUGUGAUCAGUCUGGUGCUUUUGAGGAAGAGGCAAUACGGCACCAUCAGUCAUGGCAUCGUGGAGGUUGACCCCAUGCUGACACCAGAGGAACGCCACCUCAGCAAAAUGCAAAACCACGGCUACGAAAACCCCACCUACAAAUACCUGGAGCAGAUGCAGAUCUAACCAGAGCCUACAGAGGGCGCUGUGGUGUCUGACCGAGGACGGCAACCGAGGGGGGAACAUACUACUGACCAAUAACAAAUGCUAUUGUUAAAAUCAUUUGCAUACAUCCAAACUCCAUUUACUGGUUUGUUCAAAACAAUCCUUAAAUAAUGCUACUACUUCUACUACUGCUACUAUUGUACUAUAGAGCUCUUUUUGAUCAUGUUUAUUUGGAGAAGUUGAUGUAUCUGCAAUUUUGCAUUAUGGAAAAUGUGAUUGUGCAGAUUUCUCUGUAAUUAUCAAUACAGCUAUCUCAGAUCAAGGUGUAUAACAUUUCUUCAGACAUUUUCUUUAUUUUUGAAAGUGAAAGGCAAAUCAAGCAAAUUUAAAUGUUUUUUGAGUGGUCAUCAUCAAACUGGCAUACCAGACACCACACUUUAGUUUUCUAUCAUGCAAGUGUCAUUCAUGCAGUUCUGAUGGUUUCCUCAAAAAUAAUUGGUGUUUUAUUUUGUUCUUCUUCCUCAAUAGAUUGCUUGUAUAUGAAGGUUCUUUGUACCAAUUAAAAUGUAUAGUGAAACAACAAAUGAGAAAAAAAAAUGAAAUCAUGAAUUAUUUACUUUCUGUUCUUUGUUAUGAUAACAGACAAAAUAUACAUAUACUGUUCAAAUAUAUAAAAGAAUAGAUGUUUUUAAUUCCGCCUUUUUUCCCCAGGAUAGAGAUUAUGAGUCGGUUUAGGGUUCUUAGGCUAGUGGUCAUGAGUUGUGUUUGCAGGCACACUGUUAGACAGAGUCGGGGACAGUGAAGGUGUGCACAGGCCCCCAGCUCAAACACAUCACACAAAACCUGCUCUGAACCCUUACAAGUGAAUGUGACAAUAUAUCCCCUCCUACACACACAAACACAACCUUUAUCAAUAGGGAAACAGUUUAAAUUGAUGGAUUAAAUAAUACUUAUUGACAUGUGUUACAUAGUUGAAUGUAUCGUGGAAGCUUUUUCCAUUCUAUGUAUCUGACAGGUUCCUAUGUGGCUUUGAUUUACAAUGCAUUAUCACAUAGACUGUGACAGCUGGCGAUGACAAGCUACAAACAAAAUGUUUUGUUUUAUUUAGUAAAUUUUUUCCUGCACAAAUUAUCUAAGAAAAAAAAAAAAAAAAAAACAA